UUAAUAAGUAUAAAAAAAUAAGGUUAAAUUGUGCAUCAACAUGUAUGCAAAGUUUAAGCGUAUCAGUUAAUAUGAGAUAGAAGGCGUAUGAGGCAAGUACAUUGAGACGAGAAAUACUAAUUUCUAAAAAAAAAAAAAAAAAAAAAAAAAAAAAAAAAAAAAAAGUAAAAAUAGAAAUAGUUCAAUCAUAUUAUGGGAGAUGUGACUUUUCCUCCCUUGAAGCUCUUCUAUAAACCAAGAUUCCCUACCAGCUGCCACUUCAUUUUCUCAACCCUUCCUUGUCCUCUCUCUCUCCUCUCAAAGAAAAAAAAAUAAAAAUAAAAUAAAAAUCCUUCCUCCUCAUUUCAUCUCCUUAUUAGUCCAUUUCAAAGAGAGUCUCAACCUUCAUUUGUUUGCUGCAAGCUGACACAAACAUCAACAACAAAAACAUUUUUUUUUUUCAAUUUUCAUUUUUUAACAAAAAAUUUUGUGACACUUCCUAGCACCCAGAAGCAGCUGCAUUGCACAAAAAGAGAUAAGAAAUACUUGUAAAAUUGAUUGAUAUAUACUUUUUCUUAUUAAUUUAAAUAAUAUGGGUAGACAUUCUUGCUGCUACAAGCAAAAGCUUCGGAAAGGGCUAUGGUCUCCUGAAGAAGACGAGAAGCUUCUUCGCCACAUCACCCAGUACGGCCAUGGUUGCUGGAGCUCCGUCCCUAAACUUGCAGGUCUGCAAAGGUGUGGAAAAAGUUGCAGGCUAAGAUGGAUUAAUUACUUAAGGCCUGAUUUAAAAAGAGGAGCAUUCUCACAAGAAGAAGAGAAUUUAAUUGUUGAACUUCAUGCUGUUCUUGGAAACAAAUGGUCUCAGAUAGCAGCACAGUUACCAGGAAGAACUGAUAAUGAGAUAAAGAACUUGUGGAACUCUUGCCUUAAGAAGAAGCUAAGGCAAAGAGGCAUAGACCCAAACACCCACAAACCAUUAUCCGAGGUCGAAAUCGAGGAAGAGAAGGCGAAAUCAAGCAACAGCAACAACAGCAGCAGCAACAACAACAGCAACAGCAGCAACAGCAGAAAAGCUGAUAGAUUAUCAGUUUCUACUAUGAUCAAUGACAAUAAUACUCCCAUAAACCUAACCUCUAAUAAUAAUAAGCCAAUAAACGAACCAAAAACAUUGUCAAUGUCUUCUUCUUUGGCUCACCCUAACUCUAACAACAAUUCUACCACAUUUUCAUUAGCACCACCACCAUUAUCGACCCACGAAUUCUUCCCUGAUACCUUGUACCGCUCGUUCGGGUUUCAGAACCAACAAGGUAUCUGCUUUGGUUCGUCCCUCCAAACCCCUACUCGAAAUUAUGACAAUGGCAAUAACAACAGCAACAGCAACAGCAACAACAACAACCAUUGUCAGUACACAUCAAACAUGAUGCCUUCCAUAAUCCCGUUCAUUUCAAGCACCGACCUCGCUAAGGAGGCCUACAACGGGUACCAGAACAUGGAUGUAGCCGCAACAACAACAACCACAACAACCAGUACAAGUCAUGAGAGCGGUAGUACUACUACUAACACUACAACCAACAACAACAACAACAAUAUGAAUGAUCAUCUGAGUAACAAUAACACCGGUUCGUUUUUCGACAGCUUUUCUUGGGCAACACUUACUGAUCAUCAUCAUCAUUCAUCUUCUGGUAAAUCCAACAAAGAUAAUAAUAUUCAGAUUAACAGUAAUAAUAUUGGAUUAGUAGAUGGUACAAACCCAGAUGAAAUUAAAUGGUCAGAUUACUUACAAAGUACAACUCCAUUGUUAUUAGCCCCUCAUAAUCAUCAUCAUCAAACUACAACUUCUACUAAUAAUUCUUCAUAUGGUGAGAUUAAGACGGAAGCAUCAUCACUAAUGCCGUUCACAACAUGGCAUCAAAGCCAGCAGCCGUCAACGCCGCCGCCGAUGUCGGGUUUUCAUGGUACUGAUAUGUAUAACAAGGAUUUACAACGGCUUGCUGAAGCAUUUGGUCAGAUUUUCUGAGCUAAACAAAAAAAUAAAUAAAAAAAAAUUAAGUAUAAAAAAAAUGGAGGCGGGAAAAAAGAAAAAGAAAAACAGGAAUUUAUUUUUAAACAAGGAAGAUUAUAUUAAUUUAUAAUUUUCGAAAUUUUUUUCUUGAUUCUUCCUCUUCUUCUUGUUCUUUAAUUUGUUUCUCCUAAAGUGAAUUAUUGUGUGCUAUAGAGGUUUUUUAUUUAUUUUUUUUACUAAAUAUAAAUUUCAUUUUUCAUAUUGUAAAUAGGACCAUAUACAUGACAUGUUCAUCAAGGGGGGUUUUAAUGAAAUAUUUGUGUGAAUUAUUAUUAUGAUUGUGUUGUCAUUAUUGUUUUUUUUUAUAUAUAUAAUUUUUAAUUUGAU